GCCGGAACCGCGGGCCCGCAGGCGGCGGCGGCCACGGCCCCGUCCCGGCCCCUCCCGCCGUUCCUUCCCCCCCACCCCGCCCCGCUCGCACCAUGCGAAGCGCCCGGGCGCUGCUGCUCGCUCUCGCCCUCCGGGUUUACGCGUUGGAUACCGAGACACCCGCCGCUGGCUGCACCUUCGAGGAGGACAGUGACCCCAACCAGUGUGAGUACAGCCAGGGGGAGGAUGAUGACUUCGAGUGGGAGCUCAUCCGCAGCUACAUGAUGCCACACCUGACAGCUGACCUGCCCCACGGCUCCUACCUGGUGGUGAACUCGUCGGCGCACGGCGCGGGGCAGCGAGCCCAGCUGCUGCUGGCGGCGCUGAGCGAGAACGACACUCACUGCCUGCAGUUCAGCUACUUCAUGUACAGCCGCGACGGACACAGCCCCGGCACCCUCAGCGCCUACGUCCGCGUCACCGGCGCCCCGCUGGGCAGCGCCGUCUGGAAUGCCUCCGGCUCCCACGGCCGCCAGUGGCACCAGGCUGAGCUGGCCGUCAGCUUGUUCUGGCCCAGCGAGUACCAGGUGCUCUUCGAGGCAGUGGUCUCCAGCGAGCGCAAAGGUUACCUUGGCUUGGAUGACAUUUUGCUGCUGAAUUAUCCCUGCUCCAAAGCACCACACUUCUCCCGCCUGGGCGAUGUGGAGGUCAACGCAGGGCAGAAUGCGACCUUCCAGUGCGUGGCUGCUGGCAAGGCUGCCGAGGCCGAGCGCUUCCUCAUGCAGAGGCAGAGUGGUGAGGUGGUCCCUGCUGCCUCUGUGAAGCACAUCAGCCACCGGCGCUUCCUGGCCACCUUCCAGCUGGACGAGGUGUCCAAGGCGGAGCAGGACCUGUACCGCUGUGUCACUCAGUCCAGCCGGGGCUCAGGGGUCUCCAACUUUGCCGAGCUCAUCGUGAAAGAGCCCCCCACACCCAUUGCGCCCCCGCAGCUGCUCCGGGCUGGCUCCACCUACCUCAUCAUCCAGCUCAACACCAACUCCAUCAUCGGGGACGGCCCCAUCGUGCGCAAGGAGAUCGAGUACCGCAUGACCUCGGGGCCCUGGUCGGAGGUGCACGCUGUCAACAUGCAGACCUACAAGCUCUGGCACCUGGACCCCGACACGGAGUACGAGAUCAGCGUCCUGCUCACCCGGCCUGGUGAGGGGGGCACCGGCAAACCAGGGCCUCCCCUCAUCAGCCGCACCAAGUGUGCAGAGCCCAUGAGAGCCCCCAAGGGUUUGGCUUUCUCCGAAAUCCAGUCCAGGCAGCUGACUCUGCAGUGGGAGCCUCUGGGCUACAACCUGACUCGCUGCCACACCUACAGCGUCUCGCUCUGCUACCGCUACCUGCUGGGCUCCGGCCACAACCAGACCUUCCGGGAGUGCGUCAAGAUGGAGCGGAACGCCAACCACUACACCAUCAAAAACCUCCUGCCCUACAAGAACAUCCACGUCAAGCUCAUCCUCUCCAACCCUGAGGGCCGCAAGGAAGGCAAGGAGGUGAUAUUCCAGACGGAUGAGGAUGUGCCUGGUGGCAUUGCCUCAGAAUCUCUCACCUUCACCCCUCUGGAGGACAUGAUAUUCCUGAAGUGGGAGGAGCCAGUGGAGCCCAAUGGCCUCAUCACACAGUACGAGAUCAGCUACCAGAGCAUCGAGUCCUCGGACCCGGCGGUCAACGUGCCCGGCCCGCGCCGCACCGUCUCCAAGCUGCGCAACGAGACCUACCACGUCUUCUCCAACCUCCACCCCGGCACCACCUACCUCUUCUCGGUCCGGGCCCGCACCGGCAAGGGCUUCGGCCAGACAGCCCUCACCGAGAUCACCACCAACAUCUCCGCUCCCACCUUUGACUACGGGGACAUGCCCUCGCCGCUGGGCGAGUCGGAGAGCACCAUCACCGUGCUGCUGCGGCCCGCGCAGGGCAGAGGGGCUCCCAUCAGCACCUACCAGGUGAUCGUGGAAGAGGAGCGGCCCCGGAAGCUGAAGCGGGAGCUGCCUGGCCAGGAGUGCUUCCCGGUGCCGCUCACCUUCGACGACGCCGUGUCCCGGGGCUCUGUCCACUACUUCGGGGCUGAGCUGCCUGCCAGCAGCCUCACUGAGGCCAAACCCUUCACUGUGGGGGACAACCAGACCUACAGUGGCUAUUGGAACCCGCCUCUGGAGCCCAAGAAGGCCUAUCUCAUCUACUUCCAAGCCAUGAGCAACCUCAAAGGGGAGACUCGGCUGAACUGUGUCCGGAUUGCUCGCAAAGCUGCCUGCAAAGAGACCAAACGUCCCUUGGAGGUGUCCCAGCACUCAGAGGAGAUGGGCCUGAUCCUGGGCAUCUGUGCUGGAGGGCUCAUCGUCCUGAUCAUCCUCCUGGGAGCCAUCAUCGUUGUCAUUCGGAAGGGGAGGAACUACUAUUCUUAUUCCUAUUACCCGAAGCCUGUCAACAUGACCAAAGCCACCAUUAACUACCGCCACGAGAAGACUCACAUGAUGAGUGCCAUCGACAGGAGCUUCACCGACCAGAGCACGCUGCAGGAGGACGAGCGCCUGGGGCUGUCCUUCAUGGACACCCACAACUACAGCCACAGGGGUGACCAGCGCAGCAGUGUGGUCAAUGAGUCCAGCAGCCUGCUGGGGGGGUCCCCUCGCCGCCAGUGCGGCCGCAAAGGGUCCCCGUACCACACGGGGCAGCUCCAUCCUGCCGUGCGCGUGGCCGAUCUCCUCCAGCACAUCAACCAGAUGAAGACGGCAGAAGGCUACGGCUUCAAGCAGGAGUAUGAGAGUUUCUUUGAAGGCUGGGAUGCUUCAAAGAAGAAAGACAAGACCAAAGGGCGACAGGAUCAUGUGUCCACAUAUGACCGUCAUCGUGUGAAGCUGCACCCACUGCUGGGCGACCCCAACUCAGACUACAUCAAUGCCAACUACAUCGACAUUCGGAUUAACCGAGAAGGCUACCACAGGUCCAACCACUUCAUAGCCACACAAGGGCCCAAGCAGGAGAUGGUCUACGACUUCUGGCGCAUGGUGUGGCAGGAGCACUGCUCCAGCAUUGUGAUGAUCACCAAGCUGGUGGAGGUGGGCCGGGUGAAAUGCUCCAAGUACUGGCCAGAUGACUCUGAGAUGUAUGGGGACAUCAAGAUCACCCUGGUGAAUUCGGAGACGCUGGCCGAGUACGCCGUGCGCACCUUCGCCCUCGAGAGGCGGGGCUACUCGGCCCGGCACGAGGUGAAGCAGUUCCACUUCAUGUCGUGGCCUGAGCACGGAGUGCCCUACCACGCCACAGGGCUGCUGGCCUUCAUCCGCAGGGUCAAGGCCUCCACGCCGCCCGACGCCGGCCCCGUCGUCAUCCACUGCAGCGCUGGCACAGGCAGAACUGGCUGCUACAUUGUCCUGGAUGUUAUGUUGGACAUGGCUGAGUGUGAGGGUGUGGUGGACAUCUACAACUGUGUGAAGACCUUGUGCUCACGGAGGAUCAACAUGAUACAGACAGAGGAGCAGUAUGUCUUCAUUCACGAUGCCAUCCUGGAAGCCUGCCUGUGUGGGGAGACCAGCAUCCCUGCCAGCGAGUUCAAGCCCACCUACAAGGAGAUGGUGAGGAUAGAGCCACAGAGCAACUCCUCACAGCUGCGGGAGGAGUUCCAGACCCUGAACUCGGUGACUCCUCACCUGGAUGUGGAGGAGUGCAGCAUUGCCCUGCUGCCCCGCAACCGGGAGAGGAACCGCAGCAUGGACGUCCUGCCGCCAGACCGAUGCCUUCCCUUCCUCAUCUCCGUGGAUGGAGACAGCAACAACUACAUCAACGCGGCCUUAACUGAUAGCUACACCAAGAGCGCUGCCUUCAUCGUCACCCUGCACCCGCUGCAGAACACCACCACCGACUUCUGGCGCCUGGUCUAUGACUACGGCUGCACUUCCAUCGUCAUGCUCAACCAGCUCAACCAGUCCAACUCUGCCUGGCCCUGUUUGCAGUACUGGCCUGAGCCAGGACUCCAGCAGUAUGGUCCCAUGGAGGUGGAGUAUGUGUCUGGAGCAGCAGACGAGGACAUCGUGUCCCGGCUCUUCCGAGUGCAGAACCUCACACGGUUGCAGGAGGGGCACCUGAUGGUCCGGCAUUUCCAGUACCUCCGGUGGUCAGCCUACCGAGACACCCCAGACUCCAAGAAGUCCUUCCUGCACCUCCUGGCCCAAGUGGAGAGGUGGCAGAAGGAAAGUGGUGAUGGCAGGACCGUGGUGCACUGCUUGAACGGAGGUGGCCGGAGUGGCACCUUCUGUGCCUCCACCAUGAUCCUGGAGAUGAUCAAGUGCCACAACAUGGCAGACGUCUUCUAUGCUGCCAAGACCCUCCGCAACUACAAGCCAAAUAUGGUAGAGACCUUGGAGCAGUAUCACUUCUGCUAUGACAUAGCACUGGAAUACCUGGAGUCCCUGGAGACCAGAUAGCACCUCGCCAGGAGAGGGGCAGCAAGGGCUUGCGCAGGGCUGGUGCCAACCGCGCUUCGCGCUCGGACGUUGCGUUAGUGCUGGAGGAGAGGAGGGAACCAGCGCAGGAGCCGCCAGCAAAACACCAGCUGAAGGAAAACAGAAGGAUGUUGGGGUGUGAUGGCUGCUCCCCAGCUUCAUCCUCCGCUCUCCAGCUUUCCUUCCUGCCUCCAGCCUGUCUGAGCAGCCACGGGUCGGAUGCCGGGACUCGUCCUGUCCCUGCCUCGCUUUGGGUCGUGGCUGUGGGGUUGGUGUGCGCAGGAUGAGGCCCCAAGGCGCUGCCUGGGCAUCUCUAAAGCAGCUGGAGAGGAAGCCAGGGAGAGGAGGAGGAGGAGGGCAGAAGGAGCUGAGGCCAUUUCCCAGCUGGGAAGGAUGGAUAUUUGGAGAAGAGAUGUUGCUUUCUGUACGUGGAAUUAAAGCUGCUCUUCGAGGAGCCUGGAUGGCUGCUGGCAAGUUUUGUCCUUGGUGAGGUCAUUCUGAGCUGGAGCAAGACCCUGAGAGGAGCUCUUCAGUUUCUGCCUGUUCACACCAUGAGUCUGAUCUUUGCUUUUUGAGUUCUGUGAGUUCUUUGUGUACCCAGCCCCAGACAGAAUGAGGAUGAGGGAUAGGAGAUGGGGAGCUGGGGCUCAGUGGCUGCCUGGGCUCACUCUGUGGCACAGGGGACGCUGGGCACUUGGUGUCCCUCUGCAGGGAAUCACCCAGACCCCUCCUGGUGCCUUUGCAAAGCAUUUCAAGCACUGAUUCUCCUCCAUCUCCACACCACCUUCUCCAUCUCCACACCACCUUCUCCAUCUCCACACCACCUUCUCCAUCUCCAAUGAAUUCCUCUUGGGCUGACCCAAAGUCACCAUCCCACAGGUUUGUUUUUAACUCUUCCCUUGUGAAUCACUGCACAUGAGACACCUUUGGUGCCCUAAGCCAAAGUCCUUGAAGUUCAGGUCCAUCCUAUGUGUCUCCUGGAUGCUGUCCCCAGGCAGUUGCCCAUUGGUGCUGCUUGGCUUUUGCUGGGGUGGGUGGAGAGGGAUGGUUGGGUUUGAUGAUGGCGUUGGCAUGGGGUCAGCUGUUGCACUGCGUCAGGGCUGGGCACAAGGAGGUCCCCAUGCCCCUGAUGCCACCUGGGGACAAGCAUAUGGGGCCAGUGGUUGAAGGUACCUGAUGCUGUUUGGCUUCAUCCUGCUGCAGGUGGGUGUGAGAUGUCACUUUUCUGAUACUGUGCUAAUUGCAGGGGGUUCUGCUCACAGCAGUCAAGCUGUGGGCAGGGUUUUCUCUCCCUGCAAAUGGCCUCAGGAAAAUGCAGCCAGAGGGAUGCUUAUCUGGGGUCUGCCUCAAACUGAGGGGAGGUUGCUUCUGUCUUGAGGGCCAGGCAGAACCCUUCACAGUCAUUUCAAGGGUGGGAAUGGAGGAUAACAGAUGAGGAAGUGUCCUCCACAUGCUGCAGGUUGCAUGUGGGCUCCCUCAUCCUUCAUCCCACCACCACACUUCAUCUCUUCCCUAUCCUUCAUCCCUCUGCUAUCCUCCAUGCUCCCCCAUCCUUCUGUGCCAUUCCCCCAGGGCAGGGGAAGCUUCCCUGCCCUGCCAGCCCUGGACACUGGGCAUCCCUCUUCCUGGGGAGUUGCCUUCAGAUCCAUACCGUGGCUGAAAGCUUUGGAAGUCACCAUUUGACUGGACCAAACUGCAGCAUGAAGGCUCUGGGGCCAAAAGAGCUGCUCCCUGGGUGAGCAAACCCAGGAGAUGUUCCCAAGGGUGGAGCAGAGCAGCAAGAUCAAUCUGUGCCCUCUCUCCACCUCAGAUGAUAUCCCACUUGCUGCCUUGCUAACACCUGGGGGUGGGGAUCUCAGGAGCAUCAGGAGGUUUUGCCCAGACACUUGGAUUUCCCAUGUGCUCACUUGAGUAAUUCACAUGGCCUGACAAUAACUUAUUCCAAGGGCUAUACAACGUCUUUCCCCUUCCUCCCAUCCCUGCUGUCUCACCCUGCUGCGUGUCCAUGCUAUCUCCUGACCAAGAAGGCUUUUUGCCCCACCAGAGCCUGCAAAGUGGUCCAGUUACAGCAGUAACUGGCAACAGGAGUACAUGGCAGCACCAGCACUCACACUGCAAGCCUUGACUUGGAAUAAAUUAAUGUCCAUGUCCCACUCCCCAUCUCUCUGUAGAUGUGUCCAUGCUGUCCUAGGGUCCUGCAGGGAGGGUGCUGUGUGGUGGAUGCAGAGAGGUCUCAGGGUCCUGCAGGCAGAUGCUGUGUGGUGGAUGCAGGGAGGUCUUAGGGUCCUGCAGGCAGAUGCUGUGUGGUGGAUGCAGAGGUCUCAGGGUCCUGCAGGCAGAUACUGUGUGGUGGAUGCAGAGGUCUCAGGGUCCUGCAGGCAGAUGCUGUGUGGUGGAUGCAGGGAGGUCUCAGGGUCCUGCAGGCAGAUGCUGUGUGGUGGAUGCAGGGAGGUCUCAGGGUCCUGCAGGCAGAUGCUGUGUGGUGGAUGAAGGGAGGUCUCAGGGUCCUGCAGGCAGAUGCUGUGUGGUGGAUGCAGGGAGGUCCCAGGGUGCAGAAAUUGUGUGGUUUUGUAUGAAAAUGGCUGAGCUGAGCCUUUGAAAUUCCUGAGGGAUGGGAUGAGGCUGACACUGUCCAGCCCUGGAGCCUGGGGGGCAUUGGAGGGAUGCUGCUGUUUCAUCCCAGGUGUACCAGGAGCCUGGGCCACCUGCAUCCUCCCAUGGUCCAGAGGGAGGGAGCAUCCCCCAGUAAAGUGGUGGCAGAAAGACUUAAAACCAUGAGAACUGAACCCCCAUUUAGUCCCAAAGAGACAGCAGAGCCAGGAGGAGCUGUAUAUAUGUUUUAAAAGCAAGAUUAUUUUUGGCUUUGAUAUCUCCUUGCUGGAUGUCUCUGGGGUGGUUUGGUUUGUUUUUGG